AUGGAUUCAGAUGUCCCAUCAGACAUCUUCAAGGGACCCUACUAUGAAUGGUGGAAUGCGCAGCAGGGCACCAUUCUGGCAUCCCUUCUUCUCGCGAUGAAGCAGCAGAAUCUCAUUCUACAGAGCCAUCCUCCCUUCAAGUGCAUUGUGUGCAUUGCCGGGAUAAGACCAGGCGCCUCUGUAGCGGAUACACUCCUCACAAAGAAAUUGCAGCCUCCCUCCCUGCACAUUAUUGGCAGCAGAGACUAUGUGAACAAGUGGUCGCACAAAUUGAUGGACACAUUUGAGAAUCCCACGCUCAUAACGCACCCGCGAGGCCACGUCAUUCCUGCACUGGAGGGAGACAGCCUGGAGAAGCUGCGCAGCUUUCUGAUGGCUCGCCAGCAGGACAGUGCACUCUAG